UGAGAACCCCUGCUGUCUAGUUAUGAAGCAGCCAUCUUUAAAAAGACUUUGGAAAAGUCAAAAUUGCGAUCAGGUGUUACUGAGAGUAUGAAAAUACGCCGCCGGCAUUUAUCGACGUGUUGAGCAGUCAAUAUACCGGUACAAGGAACUUGAAAAAAAUUUACGAAAUGGAUGCUAUAAGAAUCGCAUUGCGAAGAUCAAACAUUAUAUACAAGGCAACUGUCCAGGCAUCUUCUAGAAAUUGCAGAAGUCGCAGCCAGAACACCAGAGUUAUGUCGAGUGUAUCCCAGGAAGCGCUAUUCUCAAGAGAUAGUAACACUGGUCAUGGUUUCAUUGAUACAAAUGACACAAAGCCUAAGGAUGACCAAAUAUUCAAUGCACUUGGGGCGACUGAUGAACUUUCUUCAUACAUUGGACUUGCAAGAGAGUUUGCAUGCGACAGUAACGUUCAGCAUCCUUAUGUAGACAAAUUAAAGAGAGUACAAAUGAUUUUGUUUGAUCUGAAUCAUGCAAUAUCACGGUCAAGUCCUGGUAGAACAAAGCCAUUUGACGCUAAGCAUACCAAAGAUCUUGAGGAAUGGAUUGUCGAGUAUGCGACUCAAUUGCCCCCAGCAGAAGAUUAUAUAAUACCGGGUGGUGGCAAAGCAUGCGCUUCGUUACAUGUAGCAAGAACAAUCUGCAAGCGGGCAGAGAGGAGCGUGGCACUGUUGGUUAGGGACGGUGCUUUAGAUGGCGAAGCUCAGGUUUACCUUAACAGAUUGUCAGAUUUUCUCUUGACCAUAUCACGUAUAGCGGCAAAGUGUGAUGAACGCACUGAAAACAUUUAUAUACCACGCGCCGAAGUCAGCGAAGAGAAGCAAUAGUGUAUUUGUGACUUUUUCAACAUGUUCCCACACACGUGAUUUUAAUUUAAUGAAAUCUUGAAUUAGAAUUUUCUCCUACGAUCCUUUCGUCAUUUGCCAUUAUUAUUUGACCACAGUAUUUAUACACAGAAGCAUUUACGUUAAUAUCGUACACUAUGACUAGGAAAAUAUUAUGAAAAUUCUGAGAUUGUACUGAUGAUUUAAGUGUCGGGUAUGGGAACAGGUUCAGUAGCCAGACUGUUGAACUAUGAAAAAUAUCAAUCUCCGAUUAGUCGUUGUUAACAUGACACAGUAAUGUUGAACUAGAAUUAAUAUACACGCACGAAGAUAGUUCUAAGAGUAUUCAGAAUUGUAUAAAUUGUUUGAUGCAUUUCAUUCGUGCCAAGAUUAUUUCAAAUUUUUAAACGCAGCUCAACAGUAACCAUCAAGUAACAGUUAAUGUAUCUGAUGCUAAAUAUGAUUUCACUACGAUAUGUAGGAUUUACAGAUGUUUUAUAAAUCAUUGUUAUUAAUGUUGAUAAUAUAUCAGCACAGUCGUUGCUGUAAUAAUUAGAUAACGUAUUGAAAAAUAAACUUGUAAAUAGUAUGUACCGAUUAUAAUCUCGUUAAGUUAUUCAUUUUGAAUUCGUGACACUGUCUGUUUGGUUAUUUUAUUCGAUUUACAAGCACAAUAGAUUGGAAAAAAGUAAUUUUAUUCAGUACAAGGUGAUACUACAUAAAUAAUCGAGUUACUGGGAGUAAGUAGUUCACACUAUUAAUCGUUAAACAGUUACAAAUAUGUAUUACAAACAAUAUAUGGUAACAUUGACCAACGAGCAGAAAUUUGCGAAUAUAUAUUUCAAAUAUCUUAACAAAACGAAAUACUUUUCUCUGUCAUAAGUCGCACGAUGUUUUCAACUAUUUUGUAAACAAAUUCUGCAUCGCUGUGUGAGAAUAUCAUGCUGUGAUUUGUAUUUACAGGACCGUUUGACAAAUUAUCAGUAGCUGCCUUCCAACCAGAGUAGUAAAUGUUGACUCAUCUCAUCUUAUUUCUUUA